GUGUUUGAACUCAGUCUGCUAGCGGCAUAGCUACAGUCUACAAAUUUAUAGUAAACUGAUAACAAUAUCGCAGAUAAAAUCGAAUUACGUAAAGAAUGAAUAUCUCUACAUUCAUCUAUGUAUUUACCUUAGUAUUUACCUUGUGGUUGCCGGUGAUUGACGCGUUAUCAACAAACAUGACGAAGAAUCUUAAAGUUUUGGUGUCUUCUAAUGAUUUUCCUGACAGUGCAGUCGCUUUGCUCGAAGAACAUUUCACAGUACUUAAAUCCCGGUACAUCAACUUUGGUGAGGAGGGUCUCAAUGAAAACAAGCAGGAAUUACUGAAUCUGAUACCAGGAUGCUCGGCCCUCAUCUGGGUUUCACAUCAUCAAAUCACCAAGGAGCUAUUAGACAAAGCUGGCCCUCAACUAAAGAUCGUAAGCACAGCAUCAGCUGGUUACAACAACUGCAAUCUUCCCGAGCUGAAGGCGCGAGGCAUCAAGCUGACCAACACUCCUGAUGUGCUGAGCGCGGCGGUCGGUGAGAUAGCCGUGUCCCUGAUGAUCGCUGCAGCCAGACGUUUUACGGAAAACCUUGACCAAGUCCGCAGAGGUGAAUGGGAAAUAGGUUUCCAAAAGGUCCUAGGGCAGGACUUGCGUGGAAGUACAGUGGGUAUUGUCGGGUUUGGAGGCAUCGGACAAGCAACAGCUAAACGGUUGGCCGGUUUUGAAGUCGGCAAGUUCAUCUACACUGGCCAUAACGAGAAACCACAAGCUAAAGAAUUUAAUGCACAGCUGGUGCCACUGGACGAAUUAUUAGCAGAAAGCGACUUUAUAUUGCUAUCAGCGCCAUUGACGGAUGAGACCAGACACAUGAUCAACAAGACGACACUGGCUAAGAUGAAGAAGAACGCCAUUGUUGUAAAUGUUGGACGCGGUGAUUUAAUCAACCAAGACGAUUUAUAUGACGCUCUUAAGAACAAUCAGAUAUAUGCAGCUGGUCUUGAUGUGACCACACCAGAGCCACUCCCUAAGGAUCACAAGCUCUUCACAUUGUCUAAUUUGUUCGUUCUACCCCACAUUGGAAGCGCUACAGUACGCACACGUAAUGACAUGGCAAUCUUAGCUGCGAACAAUGUCAUCAACGCCUUAUAUGGAAAACCUUUGCUGACUCCAGUCCGUUUGUAAAUUUUAAGUUAAUACAAUAUUAUUGGAAACUCAAUAAAAUA